CGCUACGAGGUCAGUGUCAUGCCACCUAUUAAUAAAAGCAGAGCCGGACUGAGCAGGCACAGCCAGCAGAAGGAGCGGGGGGGAAUCCACAUCACCAUUCCUGCUGCCGGAGUCCGCAGCGCGCAAAUAAUGUUACCCGACAAAGCUGCAAGUUUCCGAUAAAAAAAAGACAAAAAAGAGACGCCCUUUGUGCACAUUUUUUUUUUUUAGUCGCAUUCCACGAUCUUGUCACAGGUGCUUUUCCUCGGGCUCACCUUUCCCCCUGGUCCUCCCUCCAUCAAGUGCGGAGUGUUGGUAAACACGGAUCUGAUCCCGGCGGCGAGGACUCCCUCUGGUGCAUUGAUGCACCCGUUUCAGUGGUGUAACGGGUGCUUCUGUGGUCUGGGACUGGUUUACUCCAACAAGUCGUGCACCAUGCCACCCAUCACCUUCCAGGACCUGCCUCUCAACAUCUAUAUGGUCAUCUUUGGGACAGGGAUCUUUGUCUUCAUCCUGAGCCUCAUCUUCUGCUGUUAUUUCAUCAGCAAACUACGACAUCAAGCCCAAAGUGAGCGGUUUGGAUACAGAGAGGUUAUUUUAAAAGGAGAUCCCAAAAAGUUGAAUCUUCAUGGACAGACGUGCGCCGUGUGUCUGGAGGACUUCAAAGUGAAAGAUGAGCUGGGAGUGUUGCCAUGCCAACAUGCCUUCCACAGGAAAUGUCUGGUGAAGUGGCUAGAGGUGCGCUGUGUCUGCCCCAUGUGCAACAAACCUAUAGCCGCCCCCCCUGAGCAGCAUCACAGCAUAGGGACUCUGCUGGAUGAACUGGUGUAACCUCUGAACCCCUGCCGGCCUGGGCGGGACCAAACCAGCUGGUGGAAGUUCGUUACGCACAGGAAGGGGCAGCUCACCAUUUUGCCGUUAAAACACAGCAACGCACCAACAUAAUAAGAGUCGGGGUAACCUAGUUACCACCCGGAGGAUGACUCUAAAGGAUGUUGUUGCCUAGCAACAACCUCUAUGAUGGCAACAUGACACCUUACAGUGUCUGAGAGAUUAUCUUCAUCCACAUCCACCCACACAUCACUCCACCACUCUUCUUUCAAGACCCCCCCUCACCCGUCCCUUCGCGUCUUGUAUUGCUGUCUGGAGUGAGGUUAAUGGCACCGCUGCAGCGGAGGAGGCAGCUUUUCUACUGCGAUGUGGGCAAAUGAGUGUCGAUGGAUAAAGGAGUUCAGCAGGAAGCGCUGUCUGAGUCACGCAUGUCCUGGCGGCUACAGACAUGAAAUAAUGUCCAUAUCAGCUGAAACACCAGCAGUCAACACCUUGUAAACUCUGUCAGAUGAGAAGAUCUGGGAGAGAAAGCCACACAUAGAACAUUUUAUACUCUUGUCAAGUAGCACAAGUUGGCUUUUUAGGGUUGGUAAAAAUGGAUGGGCAAAAGAAGAGCAGCAGGAGCUGUUUAAAUGAUGCUGUGGUUAAAGAUCAAUCUAAAGUCACAGUAGUUAAAAAAAUAAUUUAAAUGUGAAUUCAUGCUUUUUGGUUUUUAAAUUAUUCAUAUUCAUAGCCCAAGCUCUUCUUCAUGUGUAGCAAAUGUCUGUAUUCAGAUUGACUAAUUUCUUCUGAUAUGUAAAAUCCAUACUGAUGCCCAUUCCCACAGUGAUAUUGUGUCAUUCUACACAUUGUACAGACUCCAACUGUUUCUCUCCACUGGGAUUUUAUUGCUUAUACAUGUUUUUGAGUUCACUCUCACUGUAACAGUUCAUUUCAAAUAUGUUAAGAAUCCUUUUUAAUGGUUUGCACUCUGAAUUCACAGAAAAAAAUGCCAAUAUUCGCCUAACAUUGUAGACUAAAGUUCGGAUGUAGCACAGCAGGUCCCUUGUCUUCAAUUCUAUGAAAUUAAGGAGCUGAGAGGAAAGAAGGCGGCCGCGCUGGCCCUCGGAGACUUCAUCUUGGAAGCAGAAAAGCAUUUUUGUGGCAUUAUUGCGUGUGAUUCUGUUUCACAUUCCUCAGUCCUUGGUUUUAUCUUUUGGAAAGCAAAACACUGCCAAAAUUGAGCACAAAACUCAUGAAGCACAUUGUCCAGAGACAGCAGCCACUUUCACUGUAAUCAGAAUGUUCAUGAGCCA